AUUUACGGUCCCUCUUCCUCAUUAUUACAACCCUUUCUUUCUCUCACUCCUUUUCUUCGCCGCCAUGGCUGCGAACCUUGGAAACUUGGCUUUACUACUUGACAUGGCUUCGCCGCGGAGCUUGAUUCUGGACAGGAAGGCACGUGCCGUCGGAGCCGACGUCGUUUUGAGCUUGCCUUCUUCUAAAAGGGACUCCUCUUCCUCCUCCUCCUGCUACGCUUCCGAGGGAGACGCGCGGAGCCGCGUGGUGGUGGCGCGUGGGAAGUCGAACUCGGAGAAAAACGGUGUGGACUUCGAUAGCGACGAGGAGGAGGGCGCGUUCGAGGAUUGGGAGAAGGAGAUGCGGCGUAGAGUGAGGGAGUUCGAAGAGAGGAGAGAACUCGAGAAGAAGGCCGAAGAACUGCAAAGUCGUAGCGAAGAAGGAACUGAAAAAGAAACUGAGGAAGAGAAGAGGACGAGAGUGAGGAAAGAGCUGGAAAAGGUGGCGAAGGAACAGGCAGAGAGGCGAGCCACUGCUCAGUUGAUGUUUGAUUUGGGUCAGAAAGCUUACGGAAAGGGUUCUUAUGGACGUGCCAUUGAGUUUUUCGAAGCUGCACUCACUAUCAUACCCAGACCUACGUUGUUUGGUGGUGAGAUACAAAUAUGGCUGGCCAUGGCUUAUGAGGCCUAUAAUCGCCAUAAAGAUUGCAUUGCUCUGUACCAGCAAUUAGAAAAGACGCAUCCCAGUAUUAGCAUUCGACGCCAAGCUGCGGAGCUUCGUUACAUUUUGCAAGCGCCGAAGCUCAAGAUAACUCAGGAGGAGAUGGUGACUAUACCCUUGAUUGGCUCUAGUUAUGACAGUUAUGCGGGAACAUGGAGUGAUAAAUACAAGGACAAGGAUCGAAGAAGUGGGUCAGUCACCAAUCAGCUUCCAUCAUCUAGAGAUUACCUUGGGGACUUCCUUGUAUGGAAACCUCCCGUUGGGUUAGGGAAAAGUCGAGCUUUCUGGGUUGGCUUGACAAUAUGGUUGGGAUUAGUUGGAGCUGCCAUCUUUAGUCAAAGAUGAAUACACUUGUACAGAACUUGAAUUCGCCAAUUUGUGUAGUUUAUAUAAUGUGAAGUGCAUGGUGUAAUAUAUUAGUGUUUAUGGAAUAGAUUUGUAAAAUUAUUCAAUGUAUCAAAUAGAUAAAGAUGUUAUUUAAUUAUAUUUCCCCAGUGUGGUGUUCUGUUGAAAUUACAAGGAUGUACAGUAAUUCUAUUUAAAAGAAGAAAGCACGUGUUUAGCGGAAUUUCUUACCCUCUCCUUAUACCUGUUUGUUACUAUUCCAGGAGAAUGACUAUUUUGUUGCAGGUUGAAAGGCAUCAAUGGGAACUGGGGAUGCAGGUUUCCCCCUUCUUUUUUUGGGUCCUAAAUUGAAUGUUUUGGGGUACAAUCUGUUAACAAUCUUUUUAAUGUCGACUAUUUUAUAGGCUUCGAUCAGCUUUAUCUGCUAUCUGGCUAGUGUGUGCUGUGCUGUCCAACACUACUGAAGUUAGAGCACAACCAAAAUCGCGCCCACAAAAUUGAUCAUAUUCUGCCUGAGUCCCUUUAAUUUGAUCAAGUUUUUAAUCAUGUCUUUACAGUUUUAAAAUUUUGUAAUUAAAUUUUUGAAAGCUAAUACCGUUAGGCUUUCGUUUAAUUGUUGAUGUCAUAUGUUAAAUGACAAUCAUCCUUUUCACUUUAUCCUUAUUUUGUUUCUUAAUAUUUUCUCCCAAAGGUUGUGUCUGGAUCCCUAGUUCCUUGUACAGUGUUGUGUGUUUGUGAUUCACUCGGGGAAUUGAUAUUAACAGAAAUUGAAAGAUACUGUUACUGUUAGUACGUGUUCUUUAUGACAAUGAAGAAUCUAAUAUUUUC